AUGGCGGGUGAUGAACAGGCGCACAAGGUGCAUCGCGCCACAAAAGAGAAGAAGAAGCACGAUACAUCACAACCCAACCCAAAAGCAUUCGCAUUCGCCGCUCCCGGCCGACUCGCCAAGCAGGCCGCCCGCUCGCACGAUGUCAAAGAGAAGCGACUUCACGUUCCCUUGGUCGAUCGAUUGCCAGAGGAGGCACCUCCCUUGGUCGUCGGAGUUGUGGGACCGCCCGGCGUGGGAAAGACGACGUUGAUCAAGAGCUUGAUUCGCCGAUAUACCAAGACGGCCGUGACACAACCCGCAGGUCCCAUUACCAUCGUUACCAGCAAGAAGCGUCGGUUGACCUUUAUCGAAGGCCCUAGCGACAGUCUGGCUUCUGCAAUCGACAUGGCCAAAGUUGUGGAUAUUGUGCUGCUGAUGAUCGACGGAAAUUAUGGGUUCGAGAUGGAGACCAUGGAGUUCCUAAACGUAUUGUCCAGUACCGGUAUGCCUGGCAAUGUCUUCGGCAUUCUCACCCAUCUUGAUCUAUUCCGCAAGCAGGAUACGCUCAAGGCACAGAAGAAACGCCUCAAGCAUCGCUUUUGGUCCGAGUUGUACCAGGGUGCGAAGCUCUUCUACCUGUCGGGUGUGAUCAACGGCCGAUAUCCUGAUCGCGAGGUUCUAAACUUGUCGCGCUUCUUGAGUGUCAUGAAGAACCCGCGCCCACUGGUCUGGCGUAAUUCCCAUCCCUACGCUCUGGCUGAUCGCAUGCUGGACAUUACCCCGCCGACUGAGAUUGAGGCUGAUCCCAAGUGCGACCGUACUGUAGCGUUGUAUGGAUAUCUCCGCGGCACCAAUUUCCCCUCCAACGACGCUCGGGUACACAUUCCUGGCAUUGGUGAUUUGACGGUGGAUAGGGUGGAAUCUCUACCAGAUCCGUGCCCAACGCCUCAGUUCUUGCAAAAUCAGGAGAAGGCGGAGGGCUCGAAGAAGAGGCGGAGACUAGGCGAGAAGCAGAAGCUCAUUUAUGCACCCAUGAGCGAUGUGGGUGGCGUCCUGGUAGACAAAGAUGCGGUCUACAUCGACAUCAAGAGCAACACCUUCGAUCGGGAUGACGAGGAUGAUGAGGAGAGGGAGGAGCGCGGUCUCGGCGAGCAAAUGGUUGUGGGGCUACAGGACGAGCGAAGGUUGCUAGGAGAGGAUGACCAAGGUAUAUCGCUCUUCAACCGAGGUGAACGUCUGAAGCAGCUGGACGACGGUGAUGCCGAGGAUACUGGAAGGAGAAGUGCCCGAAAGCCGACAGCAAUUGUAAGGGAUGAUGAUGAUGAAGGGGAAGAAGAGGACGAAGGCUUUGUCAGUGGCGAUACGGAUGAUGAGGCAGAUUUGGAAGCUUUGCAGCAGGAGCCGGAGAAGCUGUCGAAGUCCCGAAAGGGCAAGGAAAAGGAUAAAGAAGUUGAGGGGGACGUGGAAUUCGCCGACUCAGAUAGCGAUCUCGGGUCUCUGUCCUCUGUGUCUGAUCAGGAACUGGAAGACGAUUCCGAWUUGGAAGACGAGGAGGAAGACGAGGAGGAAGACGAAGACGAAGACGGUGAUUCCCGCUGGAAGAGCAAUCUUGCAGAACGGGCUCUAGCGUUGCAUGGAAAGCAACAGCCUUACCGGAUUGCGGAACUGGCCAAAAUGAUGUAUGAUGAGAUGUUGUCAACAGCCGAGAUCGUGAAGAAGUGGCGAGGCGAGGAUGACGAAGAAGCUGAGCAAGAUGGAGAGGACGAGGAAGAAUUCUUCAAGCGAAGAGUUCCUAAUGUCGAUGAACUAGAGGAGGAUCGCCUAAUCCCCACAUACGACUACGAGGAGUUACAACAGAAGUGGACCGACGAGGAAAAUAUGCAGGACCUUCGCAAACGCUUCGCCAACACUCGAGGAUCAGGAGCCAACGCCGAAGACACCGGAUCAGGUGAUGAUGAGUUUGAAGGUCUGGACGAUGAUGAGUCCGAGGGCGAUGGUGACUUUGAGGAUCUCGAGGCCGAGGAGAACGAGGAUGAAGGAGAGGCAACCAUCGAAUCAGAGCGCGAGAAGAACGCUCGCAAGAAAGAAGAACUCAAACAGCGCUUCGAAGAAGAAGACCGCGAAGGCUUCCUCAAUCCGAAGAACACGAAUCGGGACGCUGACGGUCAAGCAGCCGAGAAGGAGUACGGCGAAGACGAAUGGUACGACUCCCAGAAAGCGCUCCUCGCAAAGCAACAAGAAAUCAAUCGAAAAGAGUUUGAAGCUCUAGACGAGGCCUCGCGUGUGCGAGCAGAAGGUUACCGUGCAGGCACCUACGCGCGACUCAUAUUGACCUCCGUUCCAUAUGAGUUCACGGCCAAUUUCGACGCCCGGUACCCACUUCUUAUCGGUGGUCUCCAACCUACGGAGGAGCGCAUGGGCUUUGUCCAAGUGCGCAUCAAGCGCCAUCGCUGGCAUAAGAAGAUUCUCAAGACCAACGACCCCUUGAUCUUCUCUCUAGGCUGGCGGAGGUUCCAAACAACUCCCGUAUAUUCGAUAUCGGACUCCCGAAUCCGGAAUCGUAUGCUCAAAUACACCCCAGAGCACAUGCAUUGUUUCGGAACAUUUUAUGGACCUUUGGCGGCGCCCAAUACAGGAUUCUGUUGUGUUCAAAGCUUCAGCAACAAGAACCCGGGAUUCCGUAUCGCCGCUACUGGCGUUGUGCUAAACGUGGACGAAAGCGUGGAGAUAGUCAAGAAACUCAAACUCACGGGACACCCAUACAAGAUCUUCAAGAACACAGCCUUCAUCAAAGACAUGUUCGGCUCCGCACUUGAGAUCGCCAAGUUUGAAGGUGCGAGCAUCAAGACCGUCAGUGGUGUGAGGGGACAGAUCAAGAAAGCUCUAUCGAAACCCGAGGGCUGCUUUCGUGCGACUUUUGAAGACAAGGUACUGAUGUCUGACAUCGUCUUCUUGCGAGCGUGGUACCCUAUCCGACCCCACAGAUUCUACAAUCCCGUCACCGAACUCCUUGAUCGAAAGAAGGAGGACAAUGACGGCGCGGACAACAGCUGGGAGGGCAUGAGGCUCACAGGAGUCGUUCGUGCAGCUCAGAACAUUCCCACGCCCAAGGACAAGAACUCUGCUUACCGACCUAUCGAGCGCCAGGAGCGGCACUUUAACCCUCUACGGGUGCCGAGGAAGCUACAGGCUGAUCUUCCUUUCAAGAGCCAGAUUACACGCAUGGCGCCUGUGAAGAAGGAGGGCUAUGUAGUGAAGCGCGCAGUCGUGGUCGGUGGAGAGGAGAAGGUCGCCAGGAGACUGAUGCAGCAGAUUGGAGCGCUGAGGAAGGAGAAGGUUGAGAAGAGGAGAGCCAAGCAGGAGGAGAGAAGACAGCCGUACAGAGCAAAGGUUGCCGAGAAUUUGGAGAAGAGGAGUGAGAGGGAGAAGAAGGAGCGCGACGAGUUCUGGAAGAAGGAGGGCAGGAAGAGGAAAGGCUGGGGAGAGGAGGGGGCCGCAGGGGGUGCUGGAGGCGGGAAACGAAGGAAAAGAUAG